AUGGCAUACGGUGGUGCUGGUCCUGUGGGUGGUUCUGGUUCGGCAUCGACCAUUAAGCAAGUGAAAUUGGAGAGAGAAAGCGAACUCAGAAUUGAAGUGGGUAACGAUGCACCACUUCGCCUUCGACUCCUUAACGGCACUGCAGAAAUUUUUGGCACCGAGCUUCCCCCCGAAAUCUGGCUCAAUUUCCCUCCCAGGCUCAAGUUCGCUGUGUUUACUUGGUUUGGUGCGACCAUUGAAAUGGACGGUGCUACUGAAACUGAUUAUACUGCGGAUGAGACUCCCAUGGUUAGCUAUGUAAAUGUGCAUGCCAUACUAGAUGGAAGAAGAAGUCGUGCUAAAGCUUCAUCACCUGAUGAUUCCGAGUCUUCUCAGGGCCCAAGGGUCAUUGUUGUAGGACCUACUGAUUCUGGAAAGAGUACCUUGUCGAGGAUGCUUCUUAGUUGGGCGGCUAAACAAGGUUGUAAACCUACCUUUGUCGACUUGGAUAUUGGUCAAGGGUCUAUAACAAUUCCUGGAUGCAUUGCUGCAACUCCAAUUGAAAUGCCCAUCGAUCCCGUAGAAGGCAUUCCACUUGAAAUGCCUCUUGUUUACUUCUAUGGCCACGCAACUCCAAGUAACAAUGUAGAAUUGUAUAAAGUGCUUGUCAAGGAGCUUUCAGGAAUGAUUGAGAGACAAUUUACCGGAAAUGCUGAAUCACGAGCUUCAGGCAUGGUGAUAAAUACCAUGGGAUGGAUAGAGGGAGUAGGCUAUGAUUUGCUCUUGCAUGCAAUUCGUACAUUCAAGGCCAAUGUUGUCUUGGUUUUGGGUCAGGAAAAACUGUGUAGCAUGCUCAAAGAUGUGCUUAAGACUGAGCCCAAAGUAGACGUUGUGAAACUUCAGAGGUCAGGUGGAGUUGUAUCUAGGAACGCAAAAGUUCGUCAGAAGGCUAGAAGUUAUAGGAUAAGGGAAUACUUCUAUGGCCUUUCAAAUGAUCUUUCUCCACAUUCUAAUAUUGCAAAUUUUAGUGAUUUGUUUGUUUAUCGAGUUGGUGGUGGGCCACAGGCCCCACGCUCAGCCUUACCAAUUGGAGCAGAACCUGCUGCAGAUCCAACAAGAGUUGUUCCUGUAAAUAUAAAUCGUGAUUUGCUCCAUCUAGUCCUGGCUGUCUCAUUUGCCAAGGAACCUGAUGAGAUCAUUUCCAGCAAUGUUGCUGGGUUCAUUUAUGUAACAGACAUUGACAUUCAGAGAAAGAAGAUAACAUACCUUGCUCCAUCUGCUGGAGAACUUCCAAGCAAGUAUUUGAUAAUGGGGUCCUUAACAUGGCUUGAAACAUGA